GGUGAGACUAACAUGUGGUCUUUAGUUUACUACUUAGCGGCUGUGUACCUGUGGGUUUAUUCUGUGUGUAUUUGGAUGUUCUAAUCUUGGUGUUUUUCCAGUGAUUUCUCUAGGUGCAAUCCAAAUACAGUAGGUCAAGUGAGAAACGUGAAAACAUUGAAUGAGCUAAGAUAAAUGGAUCACAUGGCAGAUGAUGGACUUUAUAAUAAUAUGUUUUCUAAAACUGAAGAUCUUAAUAAUCAAACGAUGAUACAUUCUGACAAAAACUUGCACCAUUGUACACAGUGUGGUAAAAAUUUUGACCAAAGAAGUAAUUUGAUUAAACAUAUGAGGACACACAAUGCUGCAAGACCGCAUCAGUGUGUGCUGUGCGGGAAACGUUUCACUCAAAACUGCAAUCUGCAAUUACACUUGAAAACUCAUACCGGGGAGAAACCGUAUCAGUGUUUGCUGUGCGGGAAGGGUUUUAUCCAAAAAACAAGUCUGAACUACCACAUCAGUACACACACUGGUGUGAAGCCAUAUGCAUGUGAAGUAUGCGAGAAAAAUUUCAUUCAAAGGAGUGAUCUGACUAAACACAUGCGUGUCCAUACUGGUUUGAAGCCGUAUAAAUGUCCACACUGUGAGAAGGGGUUCAACCAAAAAAGCAAUCUGACAGAUCAUCUGAGGACGCAUACUGCUGAGAAGCCUUACCAUUGUGAUCAGUGUGGAAAGACUUUUACCCAAAACAGUCAACUGCAAAUUCAUAAGCGAUCUCAUGCUGGUGCCAAACCGUAUCAUUGUACGCAAUGUGAAAGGAGCUUCAAUCUACGGACAAGCCUAAUAUACCAUAUGAGUACACACGCUGGUUUGAAAUCGUAUAGAUGUGAUUUGUGCAAUGUGAAUUUCACUCAAAAGAGUGACCUGACAAAGCACGUAAGAACACAUAUGGAUGUAAAGCCAUAUACGUCUCCACAUUGUGGGAUAGAGUUCAACCAAUUAAACAAUCUGAAGGAGGAUAUGAAAACACAUGCUGCCAAGAAAGCAUUUCAAUGUGACCAGUGUGGGAAAAGUUUUACUCGGAAAGGUAAUCUACAAAUUCACAUGCGGAUGCAUACUGGGGAGGCGCCGUUCAUUUUCCAGCAUUGUGACAAGAGUUUUAACCAAAAAAAUAGUCUUGUGUAUCAUAUGAGUACACAUACUGGAUUGAAACCAUUUGAAUGUCAUCUGUGUGAGAAAAAGUUCAUCCAGAAAUGUGAUCUGAUAAAACACGAGAGAACACACACUAAUCAGAAACUAUAUCAGUGUACGCAGUGCGAGAAAAGCUUCGUCCAACGAAAUAAUCUGGUAUACCACAUGAGUAUGCACACUGGUGUGAAGCCAUAUGAAUGUGAUCAGUGCGAAAUGAACUUCGUCCAGAAAAGUGAUUUGACGAAACACAAGAGAGCACAUGCCAAUCGCAAUGUGUAUCAGUGUACACUGUGUGAGAAAAGCUACAGCCAAAGGAAUAAUCUGGUUUAUCACAUGAGCACGCAUACCGGUUUGAGACCAUAUAAAUGCAAUCAGUGCACAAAAGGCUUUAUCCAAAGGAGUGAUCUGACAAAACACAUGAAAACACAUGCUAAACUGUAUCAGUCUGCACCGUGUAGGAAGAAAUUCACACAAAAGACUGAUCUGUCAUUUCACAUGAGUAGCCAUAUGGAUGUGCAGUCCUAUGAACAUGAUCAAUGCGUGGAAAAUUUCACACAAGACAGUGACAUGUCGAAACAAAUGAAAACACAUGCUAUUAAGAAACCCUACCAGUGUACGUUGUGUGAAAAAAGCUACAACCAAAAGACUAAUCUGGUAUACCACAUGAGUACUCACACUGGGGUGAAACCCUAUGAAUGCGAUCAGUGCUCAAAAAACUUCAUCCAAAGGAGUGAUCUGACAAAACACAUGAGAACACACACUAACUCAAAGCCAUAUGAAUGUAAUCAGUGCUCAAGUAGUUUCAUCAAAAAGUGUGAUCUGACAAAACACAUAAAAACGCAUGCUGUUCAAAAAGUAUAUCAAUGUAUAAUGUGUGAAAAUAGCUUCAUCGAAAAAUCUGAUCUGGUAUCUCACAUGUCAACACAUACACAAGAGAAGGCAUGUCAGUGUGACAUGCUUGAUAAUAUUUCUCAGGAGAAUGGUCUUGCAAACCAGAGUGGUAAUAUUCCAUUUAUCGAUCCCUAUCAACAUAUUCAUAUUAAAACUGAAAAUAAUCUGACAAGUCAUAAUACACAAAGUCAUACAAAAUAUCAAGGUAAUCAACGUGGAAGGAAUUAUAUCCGGAAUAUUAAUCUGAUUUAUCACCCGAGGACACCAGGGAAUGAGGAACCAUAUUGUGUAAACGAUGUUAGCAACGGAGGUGGUCUGAAGUUGCAGGCACAUGUUUCUGAGCAACCACAUCAACAGGAAGAAUCAAAAAACAAUUUUAUGCAAAAAAGUAGUUUGCAAGUGCUGCCGAUGACACGUGCAAGACAAAAGCCAUACCAGUGCACAAUGUGUGAGAAAAGCUUUAUCCAGAAAACAGGUUUGACAUAUCACAUGAGUUCGCAUACUGGUGUGCGGCCAUAUGGAUGCGAUUGGUGUGAGAAAAGUUUUAUCCAAAAAAGUGAUCAGACUAAACACAUGAGAACUCAUACGGGUGUCAAAGCACAUCAAUGCGAAUAUUGUGAGAAGUGUUUUGCAAACAAAGAUAAUUUGACAACGCACGUAACGCAUGUACACACUGCCGAGAAGCCGCAUCAAUGCACACAUUGCCUAAAGAGAUUUAGCCAAAGAGGCAAUCUUCAAAUCCACCUGCUGACACAUACAGGGCAGAAACCUUACCAAUGUAUGCAGUGCGAGAAAGGUUUUACGCAGAAAACAGGUCUGAAGUAUCACAUGAGUACACAUACUGGUUUCAGGCCAUUCGGUUGCAAUGUGUGCAAGAAAACUUUCAUCCAAAGAAGUGAUCUGACAAAACACAUGAGAAUACAUACUGGUUUGAAGCCAUAUAAAUGCCCACAUUGUGGAAAAGGGUUCAAUCAAAAAAGUAAUCUGACUGACCAUUUGAGGACGCAUGCAGAUACAGCAGAGAUGUUUUCUACUGUGGAGAAACAUUUUUUUUUUACUAAUUUGUAG